CUCCAUGGCAUUCCCGGGCGGGCGGGGACUCGGCGCGGGCGCCCUCCCGGCCAGCAGCGGCAGCCCCUCCUCCCCGGCGCCCUCCGGACCCACCAAGGACCCCCGGCGGCGGCCUGCCUCGCUCUGCUGGGAACCAUGAGUGAGGCCCGCCGGGACAGCACGAGUAGCCUGCAGCGCAAGAAGCCGCCCUGGCUAAAGCUGGACAUUCCUUCUGCAGCACCCCUGACAGCAGAAGAGCCCAACUUCCUGCAGCCCCUGAGGCGACAGGUUUUCCUGAGGAGUGUGAGUAUGCCAGCUGAGACAGCCCACAUCUCUUCGCCCCACUACGAGCUCCGGCGGCCGGUGCUGCAGCGCCAGACGUCCAUCACACAGACCAUCCGCAGCAGCCGACAAGUACGCUUCGGGCGCGUCCACACUCUACCCCUCCUGGGUCCCUGGGCUGCCCGCAGGGCCCUCCCACAGCACCAGUCUCUCUCUUGGUCCCUGCUCAGGGGGGCUGCUGACUGGUUUGGAGUGAGCAAGGAGAGUGAUAGCACCCAGAAAUGGCAGCGCAAGAGCAUCCGUCACUGCAGCCAGCGCUAUGGGAAGCUGAAGCCCCAGGUCCUCCGGGAGCUGGACCUGCCCAGCCAGGACAAUGUGUCGCUGACCAGCACCGAGACACCACCCCCACUCUACGUGGGGCCAUGCCAGCUGGGAAUGCAGAAGAUCAUAGAUCCCCUGGCGCGUGGCCGGGCCUUCCGGGUGGCAGAUGACACUGCGGAAGGCCUGAGUGCCCCGCACACUCCUGUCACGCCAGGUGCUGCCUCCCUCUGCUCCUUCUCCAGCUCCCGCUCAGGGUUCCACCGGCUCCCGCGGCGGCGCAAGCGAGAGUCGGUGGCUAAGAUGAGCUUCCGGGCAGCUGCGGCGCUGAUGAAAGGCCGCUCUGUGAGGGAUGGCACCUUGCGUCGGGCACAGCGUCGAAGCUUCACUCCCGCCAGCUUUCUGGAGGAGGACACGACCGAUUUCCCUGAUGAGCUGGACACGUCCUUCUUUGCCCGGGAAGGUAUCCUCCAUGAAGAGCUGUCCACCUACCCCGAUGAAGUUUUCGAGUCCCCAUCGGAGGCGGCACUCAAGGACUGGGAGAAGGUGCCGGAGCAGGCGGACCUCACCGGUGGGGCCCUGGACCGCAGUGAGCUUGAGCGCAGCCACCUGAUGCUGCCCCUGGAGCGAGGUUGGCGGAAGCAGAAGGAGGGCGCCGCAGCCCCGCAGCCCAAGGUGCGGCUCCGACAGGAGGUGGUGAGCAGCGCGGGGCCGCGGCGGGGCCAGCGCAUCGCGGUGCCGGUGCGCAAGCUCUUCGCCCGGGAGAAGCGGCCGUAUGGGCUGGGCAUGGUGGGACGGCUCACCAACCGCACCUACCGCAAGCGCAUCGACAGCUUCGUGAAGCGCCAGAUUGAGGACAUGGACGACCACAGGCCCUUCUUCACCUACUGGCUCACCUUCGUGCACUCGCUCAUCACCAUUCUGGCCGUGUGCAUCUACGGCAUCGCCCCCGUGGGCUUCUCGCAGCAUGAAACGGUGGACUCGGUGCUGCGGAACCGCGGGGUCUACGAGAACGUCAAGUACGUGCAGCAGGAGAACUUCUGGAUCGGCCCGAGCUCGGAGGCCCUCAUCCACCUGGGCGCCAAGUUUUCGCCCUGCAUGCGCCAGGACCCGCAGGUGCACAGCUUCAUUCGGGCAGCGCGCGAGCGCGAGAAGCACUCGGCCUGCUGCGUGCGCAAUGACAGGUCGGGCUGCGUGCAGACCUCGGAGGAGGAGUGCUCGUCCACACUGGCAGUUUGGGUGAAGUGGCCCAUCCAUCCCAGUGCCCCAGAGCUUGCCGGCCACAAGAGACAGUUUGGUUCUGUCUGCCACCAGGAUCCCAGGGUGUGUGAUGAGCCCUCCUCUGAAGACCCCCAUGAGUGGCCAGAAGACAUCACCAGGUGGCCGAUCUGCACCAAAAACAGUGCCGGGAACCACACCAACCAUCCGCAUAUGGACUGUGUCAUCACAGGGCGGCCCUGCUGCAUCGGCACCAAGGGCAGGUGUGAGAUCACCUCCCGGGAGUACUGUGACUUCAUGAGGGGCUACUUCCAUGAGGAGGCCACGCUCUGCUCUCAGGUGCACUGCAUGGAUGAUGUGUGUGGGCUCCUGCCUUUCCUCAACCCUGAGGUGCCUGACCAGUUCUACCGCCUGUGGCUGUCCCUCUUCCUGCACGCCGGGAUCCUGCACUGCCUGGUGUCCAUCUGCUUCCAGAUGACCGUCCUGCGGGACCUGGAGAAGCUGGCAGGCUGGCACCGCAUAGCCAUCAUCUACCUGCUGAGUGGUGUCACUGGCAACCUGGCCAGUGCCAUCUUCCUGCCGUACCGAGCAGAGGUGGGUCCGGCUGGCUCCCAGUUUGGCAUCCUGGCCUGCCUCUUUGUGGAGCUCUUCCAGAGCUGGCAGAUCCUGGCGCGGCCCUGGCGUGCCUUCUUCAAGCUGCUGGCUGUGGUGCUCUUCCUCUUCACCUUCGGGCUGCUGCCCUGGAUCGACAACUUUGCCCACAUCUCGGGGUUCAUCAGCGGCCUCUUCCUCUCCUUCGCCUUCUUGCCCUACAUCAGCUUUGGCAAGUUCGACUUGUACCGGAAACGCUGCCAGAUCAUCGUCUUUCAGGUGGUCUUCCUGGGCCUCCUGGCUGGCCUGGUGGUCCUCUUCUACGUCUAUCCUGUCCGCUGUGAGUGGUGUGAGUUCCUCACCUGCAUCCCCUUCACCGACAAGUUCUGUGAGAAGUACGAACUGGACGCUCAGCUCCACUGAGCUGGCUGCGGGCUCCAGGGCCCACGUGCUCCUGCAGAGCAGAGCCAGACACCGCAGCCCUGAGCCUCACAGGCGUGCGGGAGUCACCUGCUCCACGAGGGAACGGGCCCGUUUCCUGAACACAGACCUCGUGUGCCUUGUUCACUCUGCUGAACCCUUCGUACUGCCGGGCACUUAUUACACAUCUUCCUGUGAUAACCUUCUAAUUUGCCUCUUGACGACCACUUCACGUGGCCAGUAAAUGGACCGGGAGCGUUUUAGCUGCCAUUAACCUGA